GUAGAAACGCUGGGUUGAUUCACCAGUACAGCCUCUGUCAUGAAGCUUUUUUUUAAUAUUGUCCAUUGUGACGGCUUUUUAAUUGUUUCCAGGGUUGCUUGGAUUGUUGGUGUGCAGGGGGCCAGGGGAUGGGGUUAGAAGUAGAAUAGGCUGAAACAUAGGGAAAAUAUUACUAGGGGAAAUGCACAGUUCUACAGAAAAGCACAGCUUAGCACGCAGAUCUUAAAGUUUAGUGCCUGUGUUCGCAGUUUCAGAAAAGCUUUCUGUAAUUCCUGUUCCCUGUACCCACCCACCCCAUAAAGAGGGUAACGAUGUGUACAGUUUAAAAAAAAAAUGCUGAAUGAUUAAGAUAUCUUUAAAACAAUCUUGCUGUGGAUUGGACAGCUGUUCUUUCGUAACUGCCGCAGGGUGACCGUGGUACGGAUUGCUCAAAGACGCUGAGAGCCGGGUCCUGGCUGCAAGGCAAAGGCUCCAGAGCUGGGCUCCUGCCUAGUCCUGCCCACUCGCCACCCCUGGCAGCGCAGUUUGUCUUCUCCCCUGCCUGCACUCGCAUUCGGGGGAGCUGGUGGUGGCUGAUGCUCAUGCAGGCUGCAUGGGUUCUGAAAUGUCCUUCCUGCCCGACUUUGGGAUCUUCACCAUGGGCAUGUGGUCUAUUGGUCUUGGAGCCAUUGGUGCAGCUGUGACGGGGAUUGUCCUUGCUAACACUGACUUAUUUUUGUCCAAGCCAGAAAAGGCUACGCUAGAGUUUUUAGAGGAGAUAGAGCUAAAAACUUUGGGAUCAGAACAAAGAACAUUCAAAGCGGGUGAACUAUGGAAGAAGAAUGGUGCAGUGAUCAUGGCUGUGCGAAGACCUGGAUGAUUUUUGUGCAGAGAGGAGGCUUCUGAGCUCUCCUCUCUGAAACCUCAGCUGUCCAAGAUGGAUGUCCCUCUCUAUGCUGUUGUGAAAGAGAAGAUAGGGACUGAGGUGGAGGAUUUUCAGCAUUAUUUCAAAGGAGAAAUCUUUCUGGAUGAAAAGAAAGGCUUCUAUGGUCCACGCAGACGAAAAAUGAUGAUGUCGGGCUUCUUCCGCUUGGGAGUCUGGCAGAAUUUCUUCCGUGCUUGGAAAAGUGGAUAUAGUGGUAACUUGGAAGGAGAAGGAUUCACCCUGGGAGGAGUAUAUGUGAUUGGGGCAGGAAGACAGGGUGUUUUACUGGAGCAUCGUGAGAAAGAAUUUGGAGACAAAGUCAGCCUCCCAUCUGUCCUUGAAGCUGCUGAGAAGAUAAAACCACAAGCUUCAUAAGCAGAAAAAUAGUUGCACGUGUUGCUGAUCACAGCUUGAAAUGUAGAAUGCAUCUGUGUCUUGAACGUGCAGUUUAAUUGCUUCUUAACUAUUUAGUGAUCAACGCAGAGGAAAGAUUCUCUAUUCAGACAUAGAAAAUGAUGAAAAUCCUCCUGGAUCUUUUUUUUGUUGCUUUGCAACCUUUCAGGUGGUCAGGUUUUCAACUGCUCUUUUGUGUCUGACUGUAUUAAUGAAAGGCUGGGUCUAAAAUCUGACCUAGCCUAGAUGUGUUCAGUCAGAGACAGUGGGCUUGAAAACCUGUCUACCUAGGGAAGCAAAACUCUGCAAAGGCUGGAGUAAUGGAGUACCAGCUGAGGU